AUGGCAGAUCCAUUCCUAUAUGACAGUGGAGAAAGGUCUCGAUACAGGUGCCAAGGACAAGAAGUACAAAUUGAGCACAUCAAGGCAUAUACUUGUAAACCAUCUUUCUUCACAGACAAAGCUGUGAUUGUGGUUCAUGAUAUAUUUGGAUGGCUCUUCCCAGACAUUAGAUACAUAGUUGACUUAGUCGCACUUCACGGAUAUGUAGCCAUCUGCCCAGAUUUCUUCAAGGGGACAGAGCCUUGGAAAACUACUGACCAUUGGGCUGACUUUGCUGACUGGAUGAAAAGACACGAUCCUAUGAAAGUAGACAGGGAAGCUGAUGUUGUCUUGAAGUAUCUAAAGGAACAAUGCGGUGCAAAGAAGAUUGGUAUCGUUGGGUUUUCCUGGGGUGGAAUGGCAGUACAUCACUUGAUGCUGAAAAAUCCUCAAUUAAACGCGGGGGUGUCCCUCUAUGGAAUAGUUAGAGACUCUGAAGAAAGAUACGAUUUACUAAAUCCUACGUUUUUCAUUUUUGGUGAGAAAGACCAUACUAUUUCUUAUGAUCAGAUCACCUUACUGGAGGAGAAGUUGAAACAGUACUGUAAAGUUGGAUAUAAAAUUAAAGUUUAUCCUGGACAAGUUCAUGGGUUUGCACAGCUGAAGCCAGAAGACAUGAAACCUCAGGAUAAACCUUAUAUUGAAGAAGCUAGACAAGAUAUGUUUGACUGGAUCAAAAUGUAUAUUUGACAGAAGUAUAAAGUAACACUAGGUUUCAAGAUCAGUGUUUAAUUAAAAUUUAAUUAAAUUUUUGAGAAGAAAACAACUAUGGGGAAACUAUUCUGUUUUGAAAAUU